GAAAAACGGCACAUAUCGUAACGUAACUAACGAAAGGAUGAACAGUGGAUUUACAUAAUUGCAUCACUGAAAAGGGGAUGCCAUCGUUGGCGUUGGAACAAAAAUCAACCAAGAGUAAAAUAUACGAGUGAACAGAUUUUAAACCCCGCAGAGGUAAAACACGAGCGACAUCUCGAAUAUGGAAGCAAAACACUACUUCGAAAAAGCCCACCCUGUGUGCGAUGGCAGUGUGUAGGUGUAAAACGGAAAACAAUAGCACAGAACGGAUCCACCUGAGUGCCAACGGCAAAAGCGCUUUGUUUCUCGGUUCCGGGAAAAUCCGGUAAUGAUGAAAAUUGUUGGGUUGCUGUUUCCUCCCGAGAGUGGAUUUGCAAAAGCAAAGAAAAAUGCUGUCCAGCAGCUGAACUUGUGAAGUGGUAAAAACCGGGGAAAAUGGACCAUUUAGAUUGGCCGGUGUCAUUUGCAGUAGCGGCCGCCGCCGCAGCAGCAAGGUGCAGCGGCACUAUCAAACAAUGGCUCCGGAACGUCGACCGGUGGUGUCUGUAGGUGGUCAGCAUUCCGCAUCCAGACGGCAAACGACGACGGCGAUGGUGCUGAUGGUGUCACUACGGUUGUUUUUGUUAGUAUUGGGGAUUAAUUCCCUGGUGACCCAGUGGGAUGCUCCUGCUGGCCGCAAUUGUGCCGAAGUGCGAGUGGAUGUGUGAAGGUGUUUUCCGUAAAAGUGAGGAGAAAAUAACACACGAAUUGGAGAAAAAUCAACAAUAUAAUCCACCAGAAGCACAAUGAACGGCGAACCGUGGAAACUCGGGGCCACCCGUUCCGUGGACAAGCGUGGAUUUAUUGCCGCCUGUGGAUUACUGGCACUGCUGUUGGUGGGAACUUCGACUAGGAUGCUUGGUGCCGGUGCAACGAGGAUUUUCGAUGUCGAAAAUAUACCAGUGGUGAAGCAUGUGGCCAUGGCUGGGAGAAAUGUUACCCUCAACUGUCCGGGGGUAACCGAGCACUCACUAGUGGACACCUUGAUUUGGCGAACCACACAAACCAUCAUUGAGUACGUGGAAGGGGAACUGUCGCUGGCCAGUAGUCUAAGAAUUACGCUGUUACCUGAUAAUUUUAGUCUUCACUUUAAUCCGGCUUUUGCCUCCGAUAGCGACGAAUAUAGCUGCCUUGUGAACGAUCGGCACAGCCCGGAUGCGCUGGUAGAUCUGCUGGUACAGGACGUUCCAGACCCACCGGGGCGACCGCUUGUGAUGAGCUUCACUUCCAGAACGGUGAAUCUGUCGUGGGCGUACACGCAGGACCCUCGCAAUGCACCAAUCAACAAUUUCGUCAUCGAGACCAGAAUCGGUGAAAAUGGUGAAUGGGAUCUGGAGCCAAUUUACACCAAGAAUAAUGACGCCUUCUACCAAGUCACGGGCCUAGUUCCGUUCACGUACAGCUUCCGGGUGAUCGCCGUCAACGAGAUUGGCCACAGUUCUCCGUCCAAAGAGUCCUACUAUUUUGUAACGCUGCGUGAAGCACCCACCGGCAAACCAGUGACGACGAUCGCCCACAACACAUCCGCCACGUCGGUGUACAUCUCGUGGAAACCCCCUCCGCCGGAGACGAUUUUGGGAGAAUUCCUCGGUUACAGGAUAACGUACCAUGCGCGCGACAAAGGCACCGAUGACGAUGUCAAGGAAAUCUACAUCCGGGACAGCACGGUAGAGAGCCACGAGAUUCAUCAUCUGGAAACUUACACUCAGUAUCUGGCAUCGAUACAGGUGUUCAACCCGGAAGGACUGGGACCGCCGACAACGGUCCUGGUGAUGACUGAUGAAGGAGAACCGAGUAAACCGUUAAACUUAAGUGUUCUCGAGGUGACCUCCACGACAAUUAAAAUCAGCUGGAGAGAACCGGAGAAAUUGAACGGGGCCAUACAUGGCUAUCGCGUGUACUAUGUACAUCUACGACAGAAUCAAACUCUACUGCAUCUGCCGAUCUUGAAGACCGAUGCAGCCGUUAACUCUGUCUACACAUAUACUUUAUCGAAUCUCAAACCCUACACCGAUUACAAAAUCAUCGUCACAGCCUUCACAAAAAAGAAUGACGGUGAUGCGUCGGAAGUAUCUCAACGAACGGACAUCAGCGGGCCCAGUGCCCCGAAAGUCGUCAACCUUACCUGCCAUUCCCAGCACGAGCUGUUUUUCGGUUGGCGCAUACCGCAAACCUAUUACAACACUAUCGACUACUACAUCAUAAGCUACCGAAACCUAGAGCACAGUGAAUACAAGGACAUACGGUUGAGUGCGAAUUCUUCGAUCGUAGAAACAUCGAUGAUCAUUCCAAAUCUGACGACAAAUAUGGUAUACGAAGUAAAAGUGAGAGCGGCCUCAGCAAGUGUCAUUAACCCAAAGCAAAUUAUUCUAGGGUCCUACUCGGAACCCAAAAAGAUCUCUCUUCAAUUGCAUUGCGAGAAAAUUCCGCAACCAUCGCAGCGUCAGGUGUAUGAUGACUACAACCUGGCAGUCUUGGCCGGAAUCGUUUUUAGCUGCUUUGGACUGCUGCUGGUCGUACUAUCGUUCCUGCUGUGGAAAAAAUGCUUCCACGCGGCGUACUACUACCUGGACGAUCCCCCGGCCUGUCAAGGUGCCAAUACGGCUGGCUUGAUUGACUGGGAAGCCCCCUGCGAGGUUGCCGGUGAGGUUCGCGGUCCGAUUCCUGUACUAGAAUUUACAAAGCACGUUGCAUCGCUGCACGUGGACGGUGACAUUGGAUUCAGCAAAGAGUACGAAGCUAUUCAAGGCGAGGCACUGAACGACGAAUAUCCAUCGGAGCAUUCGCAGCAUCCGGAUAAUAAGGGGAAAAAUCGCUAUCUGAAUGUGAUUGCUUAUGAUCAUAGCAGAGUGCACCUGCGACAAGUUCCUGGGCAGAAGAAACAUCUAGAUUAUAUCAAUGCCAAUUAUAUUGAUGGGUAUCAGCGUCCUCGAUCUUUCAUAGGAACCCAAGGUCCCCUCCCCGGAACGUUCGAUUGUUUCUGGAGAAUGAUUUGGGAGCAACGAGUGGCCAUCAUAGUUAUGAUUACGAAUCUAGUCGAACGUGGCCGUCGGAAGUGCGACAUGUACUGGCCUAAGGACGGAACUGAAAUGUACGGCGUUAUCCAAGUCCGUUUGAUACGAGAGGACGUGAUGGCUACGUACACAGUUCGAACAUUCCAGAUUAAGCACACAAAACUAAAGAAGAAGAAAGCUUCCCAAUCGGAAAAAUUAGUUUACCAGUACCAUUAUACCAAUUGGCCAGAUCAUGGAACGCCGGAUCAUCCACUGCCCGUAAUAAAUUUCGUGAAAAAAUCUACUGCAGCGAAUCCAUCCGAUGCUGGCCCAAUAGUGGUUCACUGCAGUGCUGGGGUUGGUCGCACCGGAACCUACAUAGUGCUGGAUGCCAUGCUGAAACAGAUCGAAGUCAAAGGAAUGUUGAACGUGUUUGGAUUCCUGAGGUACAUCCGUGCCCAACGAAACUAUCUCGUGCAAACCGAAGAGCAGUACAUUUUCAUACACGAUGCGCUCGUCGAAGCUAUUGAUAGCGGAGAAACCAAUAUCAAGAUGGAUGCAAUUGGUGGAAUCGUUAACAACAUAGACUUUAUUGAUAGUCAAUAUAAGCUUAUCACCAACUAUCAGCCGAAGGAAAUCAACUUGACAUCGGCACUAAAAUCAGUAAAUGCCAUCAAGAACCGUAGUUCGCUCGUUCCUCUGGAGGGUAGCCGGGUACAUCUCACUCCGAAACCAGGCGUCGAAGGUAGUGACUAUAUCAACGCCACCUGGUUGCACGGGUUCCGUCGGUUACGGGAUUUUGUCGUGACGCAGCACCCAUUGAUAGAAACAUUCAAAGACUUCUGGCAGAUGGUUUGGGACCAUAACGCGCAAACGGUGGUGUUAUUGUCAUCCGCUGAUAAUAUGUCAUUCCUCCAGUUUUGGCCAAACGAAUCGGACGCGAUGGAGAGUGAUUACUAUCGCAUCCGCAUGGUGUCCGAAGCGGCAGAGAGUGACUACAUAGUGCGAAACUUUGUCAUCCAGUCCAUCCAGGACGAUUACGAGCUGAAUGUUCGUAUGUUUGAGAACCCGAUGUGGCCGGACAUGGCGAACCCACGGUCGAUCUACGACUUCGCUGUGAGAGUGCACGAGAGGUGUGCACAGUACCGAAAUGGUCCGAUCGUAAUCGUCGACCGAUACGGCGGUUUCCAGGCGUGCCAGUUCUGCUGCAUCAGCUCGUUGGCCAUGCAGCUAGAAUACGACCAGACAGCAAACGUGUACACCUACGCCAAGCUGUAUCACAACAAGCGUCCGGGCAUCUGGAGCUCGUACGAGGACAUACGACAAAUCUACCGGAUACUGUCGUACAUGCCGAAGGAACUAGGCCUACUAAAGUGCACCGAACUGCGCACCGAAUUUGACGAUGCAGCCAUAAUGACGGCAACGCCGGACUUGUACAGUAAGAUUUGCAGUAACGGCAGUAUCAAUAAUCAUCUAAAUAGUGGCACUGGCGCUGGAGAUAGCAACGACGUUGCUGCCACAGGAAAUGGCACUAACGGUGGACUACCGAUGGGUGGGGCGGUACCUGGCGGUGCCACUGGUACCGCAACUAGCAUUCAAAAUGGUGGUACGGUAAUUGUGAAAAUGAACGGCGAAGAUAACGAUGAGCUUUCGGUGGUGGUAGCGACCAGUAAUCAUCUGAAUCUGGAUCACAAUCAGUCGUAGACUGGCUGGUAAUGUGUUUAUAUGAAUGCUUUUAAAUUCCUUUAAGUUAACCAGCAUGGACGUAUUAGUCGCGGAUUUAAUUUUACUUUUUUGUAAUCUAGCUUUUAUAUAGUCUAUAUGAUUAGAAACUAUUAGAUUCGUAGAAUAUAAAAUUGAAUGAAGAAUUAUUUAUUGAUUACCAGGACACUUCGGGCAAAAUGAAGUACAUUACAGUGCUUAUCCCUUUUUGGUUUUGUUUUAAUGGAGUCUUCAUCAUAAGUUUAAAAUCUAUUUUUCCAAAUUAUGACAAAUACUCUCAAGAAUCUAGUCGAAAAGUGUCGUACAUCAUAUAAUCGUUUUGGUUCGUAUCAUUUCUUUUAGUAAAAAAUGAGUUUCUAAUGUGUGAGCCCCAAGGCCACGGAGUUGACAAAAAUAUUGAAUUUCCGCCUUUCAAUUUUACAAAAUUAUACAAUUAGAAAUUAAAGUACAAUGUUUGUUUAUGUAAAUAGGGAAAUCUAUCGCAUGUGAUUCCAGUGAAGUAAGUCUUUGGUUAAUGGUAAGAUGGUAAGGUCUAGCUUCCAUGUGCAUACGCAUCAUCUUUGGUGCAAUGCUGAACUGUGUAAAAAAGUAUUUUCCUAUUAAUUCCGUGACCGAACCGCAUUAGAUUAUUCAAAUCUCUCGAUAGAACAAAACCAAGUUAUAGUACACUAAUAUUAUACGAUUAAAACAAAGCUGAUCGCCGCAUUCUGCUAAAUGCAACUUAACUCAGUCAGAAAUGAAAGUAUUGCGUGGAGGGAAUACGUUCGCACAUCGCACAUUUGGAUGAAACGUGACCGAGAAAUGUUCGGUCGUAAAAAAGACUGGUUUUCUAAUUUCUUAUUGUAAAAUUAAACGUAAUUAUGGUAUGCAAAACAGUUAUCUGGCAAAGUUAGUUCAACAACAACUCGCAUGUUGAAGCAAGAUAUUGUAAAUCGUAAAUGUAAUAUCAUAGAAAAUUAUACUUUCAACAGAAUUGUACUACAACUAUAGCAAAUGAAUCACUCAUAAACAUUCAAACAAUAGAUGUCUUCUCGAUUAGCAUACGUAAUGGAUAGGAAAAAUCCAAUCUGAAACAUCCAACGACGCCACGUCACGAUGGCAAUCAGUUCAAUCAAUUUCAUUCAUUACAACGUUGGAUUAUUUGCGAACAGUACACUUUUAAAGCAGUGCCAAAAGUCGAAUCAUUUCAAAUCAUUUAUUUUUUCCAUCAAUACUUCAUUCAUAAAGGUAUAUCAAAUUGUUCGAGGCAAUCAAUCAAAUUUGGACCUCGAGAAAAAGUGGUUUUAAUAAUUUUUAGCCCAUUAAAUGCAUCGAUUGCGAAUUCUUCCAUCAUUACAUUCCGUACUUUUGAUAGAUAAUCGCAAUAUCACGAAUAAAAGCGCGCUGGUGUCUUCGCUGCGCUAUUUUUAUGAUUUAGGUACGGGAUAUGAGCGCGUGAUUUGAGACCGACUGAGACCAAACAGUUUAAAGCAAUGGGAGGGAAUCUUAAAAUACAAAGAAAAAAAAAUCUGCACAAAAUCCUAGAAAUCCGUUGAACAUCUUUGAACUACUUGAACAACAUAUUGAAAUUUUAAAAUUUUGAGUUGCGAGAAUCACUAAACUCUAAUAAAUUUCUGGGACAACUUGUGGUAUGGUGAGUGAAAUAUUUAUAAAUUGAUAAUUGUUUUUUUUUUUUAAUUUUGAAAAACAUGUUAAUUUGUUUUAUUCAUUCGAUAGAACACCCUAAGCUACAACAUAUUUUUUGCACACUCUAUUUAUAUUCAUUUAUUUUUAUAUAUUUCUCAGACUAUGGCCACUCGCUUGUACAGUUGAUAAUUCAAUUCGGUCCAUGGCUGCACGUCGCCAGCCAGGCAGUCUGCUGGGUCUGGGUCUUACCACGAUCGAUUUUCACCGGAUUAUUGUCCGAUAUUCUGGCUAUGUGCCCGACCUACCGCAGUCUUCCGAUUUUUGCGGUGUGAACGAUGGAUGGUACUCCCAACAGCUGUUGCAACUCGUGGUUCAUUCGCCUCCUCCAUGUACCGUCUUCCAUCUGCACCCCGCCAUGGAUAGUAGGCAACACUUUCCUCUCGAAAACUCUAAAGGCGCGUUGAUCCUCCACGAACAUUGUCCAGAUCUUGUGUCCGUAGAGGACUACCGUAGAGGAAUUCUCCAACCACCUCGAUUUCGUCACCACCAAUACAAACUCGUGGUGGGUGGCUUACAUUGUUCUCACUUGAGCCUCAUGUACAUGGUCUUCGACAUGUUAAUGACUACUCCAGUCCGUUUAGCUUCCCUUCUCUGUGCGGUGUAGGCUUCCUCCAUCUUCUCGAAGUUACGUGCCAUAGUAUCAAUGUUGUCGGCGAAACCAAAUAGCUGAGCGGACUUUUUGAAAAUCGUACCACUCAUGUCAAUCCCUGCCCUUCGUAUUACUCCCUCCAAAGCGAUGUUGAAUAGCAGGUCCGAAAGACCAUCGCCUGUGUGUUUCAAAGGGACUCGAGAAUGCCCCUGAAACUCGAACCACGAACAUCAUUCGAUCCAUCGUCGCCUUGGCCAACCGUAUCAGUUUAUCCGGAAAUCCGUGUUCGUGCAUUAGUUGCCAUUGCUGAACUCGAUCGAUUGUAUCAUAUGCGGCAUCGAAGUCGAUUGAAUAGAUGAUAUGUGGUAUCUGUCAUAUGGCAAGCACCUGAUCUGGGGUAUAGCGUUUAUGUCCUUACACAUGUUAGGCUGUGGCACGUGGCCCUAACGUGAACGGUUCAACUUCUCAUAGAACUUUCAUGUGUUAUUAGCGCGGUACAGUUGCUUCGUCUCUUAACGGACUCUAUCUUCCUGCUGGCGCUUUUUCCUUCGGAAAAUCGAGUUUUGUCUGUUCCGUACCCAUUUGUAUCGUGCCUCGUUCGUUCUCGUGCGGUGUUCCAGCAACCUCACUCAUGCUGCAUUCUUCUCCUCCAUUAACUGCUCACAUUCAUUGUCAUACCCGUCGUUUGUCUGAUCCGUGACAAGUGCAGCGGUUGCGGUACUACCAAAGGUGGAUCGAAUAUCUAUCCAGCCAUCUUCAAUAGAAACUUUUGUCUCGCUGGGAGUGUCACUUCCAGCUGCUGCGCGUAGUCUUGGGCAAGUUUACCGUCUUGUUGCCGUUCAAUGUUUAGCCGCUGCGUUCGACUUUGCACUUCCGUAUCUUGGCCAACACUAUGAAGCUUAUUCUCAGCUCGUUGGUGGUGUCACAGCUCUGGUAGAAUGUAGCCGCUUACCAGAUUUUCUGUCCUGUCCAGCAGAUUUUCUGCAGCGUGUCUGCAAAUUCCCUGUGUACCUUUGUCUGUAACCAGUUUCCGGAAUUCCAUUUCUGGAAAACAUCUCCCGGAACAUGACCACUGUUGCGGACGUUGUAAUGUGUUUGGUUGAGAUGACUUCUGGUCACUUACUGAAGGCAUCGAAAAUCAAAUCCGCUGCCAAGAUUUUUCUGGUAUAGGCCAAGAUUCCAUGUUUGUUUUACUAUUGAUCUUGGCUGCUCUCGAACAUUCUACACAAGUGCGAAUACGAUGAUUGAUCUGCUUGUCGAAUCCAGACCAAUGGACAUAGUUAGGUGCUAUGGGUCGCAUUGUUUCUAUUCCAAGAUGUUCCUUUUGUAGUACUCGUAGAAAUCGAUCAAGAAAUUUUGAUGAUAUGAACAAUGGCUCUCUAAUUGAUGAACUGUCCCGAUGCUGGUAAAACUGUUGAAGUUGUGGACUGCUGAUUUUGAACUGAUUUGACGGGCAUUCUGUCUGAAUGAUCAGCUUAACAUGCUUCAACAAUGCAGUACAAGCUGUCGUCCAAAAAUCAUCCGGUGGAACCGGGUUACGGCAAAAGUCAGUGCGAGUCCCUGUUUCUCGAUUUGAUCUUUGGCAAAGAAAGCGGUACUUGCUCAACUCCAAAAUAUCUUUGAGGCCUUUCGUAAAAUCAGCACAAAGGCGGACUUUACCGUUCAGUUUCCGCACUACGAAGAUCAUUACUGACCAAUUUGAAUGAUUGAUUCGUUUUAGGAUUCCCAAUCGAUAAAGUCCAUCUUCUACCGCACUUUGCACACUAUAUGAAACUGGUCGUUUAGGACGGUAACCUGGUUUUGGUUCUCCUUUCAGCGUCAGUCGCACUUUUGUUAUUGUACAAAAAUCGUUUUGAAUUCGUUUUAUUCGUUUAAAAACACUUUUGGGAACUGAACUUGCAGAUAUUUUUCGGUACGCGUUCGUUGACCACUGGUUUUAUUGAUAAAUGAACUGAUCCGCGUGUCCAAUGAUCCAAAAAACUUAAUCCAGUCAGAGCCAAGAAUGUUAAAAUCCAGAUUGGGUGAAGCAGAACUACAUAAACAUUCUUUUUGUUUUGUAAUGCCUAAUUUGAAAAAAAAAAUUCCGGCCGAGAUCAAGUGAUUCCUCAGACAGAAGCUAAUUUGAGGUUGUCAGAUUUAAUGCCAAAUUUUGCCGGAGUUGAUUGUUAUAUCCGACGCUGAAUCAAACUGCAACCGAUCCGGAUCAUCAUUGAUAAGGAUUUCCUCGUUAUUCCUCUGCCGACUGAUGUUCUUCAUUGACACAAUUUUCACAUAUGUACUUGCUGUUAUUCGCGAAGUCGAAGCAAAAUUCUUCACACAAACAAUGACAGUUCUUUAUGGGUUUUUACAGUAGAGCAAACCGAGAGGAGGAGAUGGCGGCCAUGUUUCACUCAAACUCUGACAGAUAGCAAUGGAUUUCCCAUAGGAGGGAAGAGCAGAAUUUGCUUCGACUUCGCGAAUUGAAACUGUAAACACUCUUUCUUCUUGUUUUUACUGUCGCUGAUAUUGCCACAUGAAUGCAGGCACAGGCACAAUAUCCUUUACAAUUUUAUCGGCGUAGCAUCAAAUUAGAAUUCAGAAGUAGGAAAUUCCGAGCCGAACUUUCUUCCGAAGUUUUAUCUGUCAAACUAAAGGAUGCGUUGUUUAGCGCAUCUUUAUGUGAAUGUCUAUAUCUUAAGAAAAAUCCAUCUUCGGUAGAAAAUGUCGUCUACCUUUGCACCGGAUACACAAUACGAAUGUAUUGGAUACGAAUGUCCGAAUAACGCAUUGAUUUCAAACCACACACAAACAUGAAAAACUGAAAAAAAAAGUUUCCGGCAACUUGAUGUCCACACACGCUUUAUUCACUCUUCACGAAUACGACACAAAAUCAUCGGAGUCUUCUGUUGUCGUUGGCAGACAGAAAUAUAAACUGGAGAUCCAAAAAUCGUGUUCAGUUUCGCGACUGUUUCACUGAAUGUUAAUUCCUUUGAUAGUCAUAGACGAACUCGGUGACGUUGCUGGAUAGCGAAUCCAAAACAAGUUUGCAUCAGCAUCUGGUUGAAAUUCUGCGAUGCUUCUCCCGCCGUUUGCUGUACAGUUGGAUCGGGGCUAAUGCUAACCUCAACUUUUCACUGAACCACACGCGGUUUUUUAUCGAAUAAAAAAAUUCAAAAAGAUUCCUAUUAGGGGGAAUGACGGCUUUGGCAGGUUUUGUUCUAUUAUUGUCAGGGGGGUUUUUAUGACUGAUUAUGCUCAAAUUUGGCCUAAACAUUCUUUGCAUAUCAAAGAAUAUUGUGGCCAAAUUUCAUAAAAUUUGGUCGAGAAAAACCCCCCUGACAAUAAUAGAACAACACCUGCCAAAGCCGUCUUUUCCCCUAUGUCAAUUGUCGAAUGUACUAAUGACUUGGCUUUGAGGUAAAUCGGUUGCAAAAGGCACUCUACGGGUUCAAACAGCUCAAACGAGUCGAGCGUGGAAUAUAGAUUUGGACAACGCUCUGCAAGAUUUCGGACUGAAGAAGUUUGUGCUUUUACUUCCGAAUAACCAUUCUUAAUAAAGUUUCAAGGGCAAAUUGAAGCUAAAAUUUAUCAGGCAACAUAACUGUUUUAAUUUGUUGUUUGAAGUAGAACGAUUACCAUUACCAGGCAUUUUAUACUUUUCAACCCUGCCGCUUUUAUUCACAAUGCUUCCAAAUAAAACCGAUUCCAUAUUAUUGCGUUCCAGAGGAUUGUCUGUUUCUGUGCUAAAAGUUUGUCAAAAGACUUGAUUGUUAUUCCAGUUGGCACCGAUUGAAACAAAAGAACGUAACACACAAGUCAACGUUGCAACGUUGUAAAACUCAAGUGCAAACAAAACCACAAAUAUUAAACCUAUAUGAAACUAAUUACUCCACACAGAUGCACGUACUAGUUAAAUUCGAGUAAACCUAAUCAAACACUGGCGAUAAAAACGAAAAUGUGAACAAUACAGAAACUAGUUGUGUAUCCAUUAUUAGCCUAAAAUAAAGAUAUUUCCAAACGAAACUAGCGUAAAGAGAUUUUAUAAAUCUUAUGGGAUAUUCUCAUUUUUUUUUAUAUUGAUUACAAUAAUUUUCAUAAUUUAAGCGAAGCAAGUUCAGUAUAAUUUGUCUUUUCCCACUGGUAGAAUGAGAAACUGCUGAUGGUUUGAAGAAUAAGUAACAAAUGGGCAAUAUACACGGUUCCCUGUCGUGCACAAAACCAAGGUGGGUUUUCUGCGCUACUUGAUGGACGGUGAGUGAGGGGAACCGAUACAAACCUUUUGAAAUCUGCCACAAAAGGACAGAAACGAAUGAAAAACUAACUUUUAGCAGUCAUACAAAAAGUAGUGUACGGUAAGAAUUUAUUAGCAUAUAUGUUAAGGCAUACAGGAGUGAAAAGAAAGAAUAAUACACGCUAUAGGAUGAAAUGAAAGAUGCGAUCAUGCAAUAGAGCUAAUAAACUGAAGAGCUGAAGCGACAAUCUUCCUCUACAGAUUAUGUCCUCUACUGAUCACAAACGAACUUCAACGCCGGUUGAAUCGGAAAGAAACAUGAAAGUACAUGGUGAUGUCACUCUGAAAAAUAAAUGUAAAAUUUUAUGUGAAUUUGCGACAACUGAAACAAA